AUGGAUCCGACUGCCGGUCCUAGCAGCGAGCCUGCAACCCAGCCCCACAUCGGCCAUGUCGCCGUGAAGAUUCCGCCGUUCUGGCACGGGAAUCCCGCCGUGUGGUUUUCGCAGGUAGAAUGUCAGUUUCGUCUUGCUAAUAUUACGUCUCAAGCCACCCGCUAUUUCCACGUCGCUUCGGCUUUACCUUCGGACGUGGCCGGCGACGUGGCUGACAUUCUCUGCGCCCCUUUAUCAACAACGCCGUACGAAGACCUCAAGGCCGCGAUCAGCGCGAGGACAACACUUUCCGAGCGAAAGCGACUCCAGCAGCUGUUGUCCGCCGAGGACCUUGGCGAUCGGACUCCGUCUCAACUUUUGCGGCACAUGCGGACCCUUCUCGGAUCCCGCGCUACCACGAUGGACGAGCCUUUGCUGAAGGAGCUUUUUCUUCAGCAUCUCCCUCCUACCGUGCAAAUGCUCCUGGCAACAUCAACAACCCUACCGAUCGCAGACUUGGCCGACCAUGCUGACAGAAUACUUGAGGUCGCGCCAGCGACGAUUGCCACCGUUCAGACUCCAGAAUCACCUAUCCCUGGCACUCCGUCCCGUUCUCUCCAGGACGGUCUGGCAGAACUUACAGACGAUGUACGCCACAUGUCUUCGCUUCUCGCAGCUGUGCUGCCGCGACGGCAGAAUUCAAGAGAUGAUGAUCCCGGGAGAGCACGUUCUCGCCGACCACGCUCAACCUCUUCCCGCCCCGCUAGACGACCCCGUUCCCCUUCCCCGGAGAACCCAACUGACUUUUGUUGGUAUCACUGGUCUUUCGGCGCAGGAGCCAGAAAGUGCAGACCUCCUUGCGCGUGGCCGGGAAACCGCCCAGGGGGCCGCUAA